CACAAGCUCACGAUGCGUUCGAUCGCGCUCAUAGCGAUGGCGGCGUUCGCCGUCCGCGGGUCUGAAGCGUUUGCCACGCUGAAGCCACCGCGUCUCUCCUCACGCCACUCUCGCAGUCAGCAGCCGCUCCUCUUCUCGCCAGACCUCUCCGUGCCGGAGGCUGCUGCUGCGGCGACCUCGCUGCCAGCGCCCCUCCUCGCAGCGUCGGCGGCGCCCAACGCCCUGGCCAGCGCGAUUGUGGCCUACCUGCACUACGCGGGCUUCCUGCUCAGCGGCGUGUGCCUCACUGCGGAGCGGCUCACUCUCAAGGAGGGCAUGGGAAAGGCGGACGACAACGUCCUCUCCAUCGCCGACUCUUUGUACGGCGUCGCCGGCCUGGUCAUCGUCGUGACCGGCUACCUCCGAGCCACGCAGUUCGGCAAGGGGUGGGAGUUCUACGCGCACGAGCCCAUCUUUUGGCUCAAGCUGACGCUGCUCGCCGUCGCAGGGGCCGCAUCUUUCUUCCCGACGGCCAUCAUCAUCCAGCGCGCACUUCGGCAGCGCGACGCGGGAGAGGCGUCCAUCCCGCCGAUGUCCCCGAGGCUCGUGGCGAGAAUGACUUCGAUCGUCAACGCCGAGCUGCUCGCCCUCGCCUCCAUCCCGCUAACGGCAACCACCAUGUCGCGCGGCAUCGGGUACGCGGAGUGGCUGCCGUGGCAGGUGGGCGCCCUCCCCCCCGCGCUCGCGCUGGGCGGGCUCGGGUACAAGUACAUCAACGAGGCCCUCUCCUGGAAGGAGGAGGAGGGCGAGAAGCGUGCGGCCGAGUGAUGGGGAGGCCGUGGCGGUGCUCUCCGCCCAGUGCCCCAGUGAUGGCCAUGCGGCGAGGCGCGGCGAGAGGCCCUGCCGUGCUGCAUGGGUCGCGAGAGGCGUCACUAGUGGUGGGAGUCCCCAACUAGCGCUGUCGUAGAUCGGCGUCGGGCGACACGAGAGGCCGCAUUCGUGCGGCGCGCGUCCCGCGGCGGUUUUCUAUACAAACGUCAGUAUUUUAUCG